CUGCAUCUGGAAAGUCGAGCGGCGAUGACUUCCCACAAGGGCUGGAGCGGAUUUGGAAGGAACUGUGCAAUGUAGCGGGUUCUUUGUGAAAGAGCGGCCCUGAGAGAAGCCACAGGAACAUCCUCUGGGUGCCCGGAGCCCUGACCCGGGGAGCCGCUCGCUUCAGCCUCGUUUCCCGCAGAGGGUGCCAUGCGGAGGCAGCUGGCGGGGGCCUGGCCCUGAGUCCGGGGACUUCAGACAGGACCCCAACCUCUCCUCCGAGUCGCAGCCCCAAGGAGAUGAGCUGUCCUCUGAUGAAGCCUGGGAUGGUCCCCCCUCCGCCGGGAGAGGAGAGCCAGAGCAUCGUGCUGCCCCCCGGCUGGCAGAGCUACCUGUCCCCCCAGGGCCGGCGCUACUAUGUCAACACGACCACCAAUGAGACCACCUGGGAGCGCCCCAGCGGUUCUGGGAUUCCGGCCAGCCCUGGCACUCACAGGAGCCCUCUGCCUCCGACAGUGAAUGGAUACCACGCAUCAGGGACCCCAGCACACCCUCCCGAGACUGCCCACAUGAGUGUCCGAAAGUCCGCCGCUGAUCCCCAGAACCUGGGGUCCUCGUCACCAGGCAGAAAGCAGAGCAAGGAGAACACCAUCACGAUCAACUGUGUGACGUUCCCUCACCCGGACACGAUGCCGGAGCAGCAGCUGCUGAAACCAACUGAGUGGAGCUAUUGUGACUAUUUCUGGGCUGAUAAGAAGGACCCCCAGGGCAAUGGCAACGUGGCUGGGUUUGAAUUGCUGCUUCAGAAACAACUGAAGGGCAAGCAGAUGCAGAAGGAAAUGUCGGAAUUCAUUCGGGAGAGGAUAAAGAUUGAAGAAGAAUAUGCGAAGAACUUAGCUAAGCUCUCUCAGAACUCCUUGGCCGCACAGGAGGAAGGCUCCCUGGGAGAGGCGUGGGCGCAGGUGAAGAAGAGCCUGGCGGACGAGGCAGAAGUCCACCUCAAGUUCUCGGCCAAGCUUCACAGCGAGGUGGAGAAGCCCCUGAUGAACUUCCGGGAGAACUUCAAGAAAGACAUGAAAAAGUGUGACCACCACAUCGCCGACCUCCGCAAGCAGCUUGCCAGCCGCUACGCCGCAGUGGAGAAGGCCCGGAAAGCGCUCACGGAGCGGCAGAGGGACCUGGAGAUGAAGACCCAGCAGCUGGAGAUCAAGCUGAGCAACAAGACGGAGGAGGACAUCAAGAAGGCCCGGAGGAAGUCCACGCAGGCCGGAGAUGACCUCAUGCGCUGCGUGGACCUCUACAACCAGGCCCAGUCCAAGUGGUUUGAAGAGAUGGUGACCACCACGCUGGAGCUGGAGCGGCUGGAGGUGGAGAGGGUGGAGAUGAUCCGGCAGCACCUGUGCCAGUACACACAGCUGCGGCACGAGACAGACAUGUUCAACCAAAGCACAGUUGAGCCUGUGGACCAGCUGCUUCGAAAAGUGGACCCAGCCAAAGACAGGGAGCUGUGGGUCAGAGAGCACAAGACGGGCAACAUCCGCCCUGUGGACAUGGAGAUCUAGGCGGGCACACGCGGCCCCCGGGGUCCUGCCAAGGAGAGGGGCCGGGGGGCCCAUGGAGAGGAGGUGGUGGGUCCCGCUGCCAAGUGGAGCUGCCCUCCCCCCCACUCUCCUGCCCACUGAGGAGAGGGGAGGGUGAGGGCUGCAGCCAGCCAUUCCAGAAGGGCGGCCUGGCGGCCUCGCUGGGAGGUCCCCGUGUUCCCAGGCCAAGAAGGUGGAUCCACAGCCCCGCCCUUGUCUCUGAGGCCGAAGACCCCCAACUCCCAUGUUGUGCUUGCCGUUCCGGGAACAAACUGAAGCUGGAACUUUGUGGUCCCUGCUGAGCACCGUAGGGUCAUCUCCCCGCCCAGAGCCAGCUGCGUCCCAUGCCCGUGCCCCUGGAAGCCCCGAGGUCCUUCCUCCAGCCGGCCCUCUGGUCCCCAGGGAGGUCUCUGUCUCCAAGCCAAGUGUCAGGAUCGCCGUCGUGGACGGAAGGCAGCGUUCAACAGCCCGCACUCAGAAUCCUUUGCAGCCUUCCUUCCUUAUUUUUUCCCCGUUGCAUUCUGGGAGUCCACAUCCUGGCUCUUCCCUGUCUCCGUUCAUGAUCAAGAGUCUUGGGAAGAAGGCCUCACUGCCGCCUUCCCGGACUGACCUGCCUGGAGAGGUCAGGAUGGAACUACCUCAUCAGCAAAUCAGCCCUCAGUCAUAGUGCUGGUCGGGUUCCCCAGUCGAUCAGGCAUCCUCUGCAAAGUCUCUCCCAGAAUCCCCAGCCCCCGACCUGCAGAUGCCCCUCCUCCCAUCCCCACCCCGCUCCACACUCUAAACGGGGCUGGGUCAGUCCCACGUGGGAGACAGUCUGGGGCAAGUCUUUGUCACCACCCCCCCUCCCCCCGAUGGCUCCCCUUGCUUGCAUAUGGCAGCACUGGGACCACUGUCCCUCGUAUGGCUUCCUGUCAGUGGUGGUCACUGUACAGGCAUCGAAGACUAACAUGGCCACAGUAGGUUGUCGCCUACUGGGCAGCGUCUCGCCACCGUGGCCUCUCGGCAACUCCUGCACAGUCCAGAGCCCAGCAUCAGGCCCUGCCUGGGGGUGGUGCCACCUUCCCUUUCUUCAUCUCCCAAUGGCUCGUAAAACCUGGUCUGCGUGUGACGUAGGAAGCUUUCAGGGCUGCAGUCGGGUCCUUGCCCAUCAUGUGCUCCUCUUCCUGACCCCAGCAAACAUGUUCUCCGUCAUGUUAAGUCCUGAGAAUCAGUUCGAAAGGACCAGAGGAAGGAGAGGGACCUGAAGGAGGAAGUGCAGCUAGCCAGGGGCAAUCCGCGCCCUGAGAACCAACCCAUCUUUCUUACUUAAUCUUCCCCAUCGAUUACUUUGGAUUUACAGGAUCCAUAUAUUCCCAAGAGCGUGGAAUUCUAGGAGCACAACUCACUGGUCUUUCAGUCUUACAGAUCUGAUGAUGUAUUAACAUCUUUGAAUCUUUCGGUACCUCUUUCAUUGAGUCAGACCGCUCUCUCACAGUUUAUGGUAGAAAGACGCUGAAUAUACUAAAGCCAACCAAACUUUGUCCCUUCUCUUAUGGAAACAUCCCAACCAGAAAGCUCAGUGUGAAGGCCUUGUCCAACCUGAAUCUGUCCACUGCAUGGAGCACCACUCCCGGCUCUGUGAUGGGGCCAUGACACCAGCCAACGGUUUCAGGGUAUCCGCUCCCGGUUUCUUUAUUAAAAACAGGUGCAAGUAGGAACUGCUUUGUGGCUGAGCAGAGUAAUUUGUGGAUGAUACUCAGCUAUUCAAAGCCAAUGGCCGUGUUAUGAACACAUCUUUUGAGUGGAUAUGCUCAGUGAGUUUGCCUUCUCGCUUCUCUCUGAGGAUUCUAGUCUUCUGCUCCUCCCCGGGACAGAGCGAGCUCUCUCCUGCCUCUUCUGGGGUAGCCUGAGCUGGCCCCGUGUGGGCCAGUCUGUCUGAUGAAGUGAUUCUUUCUUCCUCAUCCCCUCACCUCAGUCUCGGUAGCUUUUUCACCUACUUUUUCUCUGUUUUUCUUCCCUCUUUUAUUCAUUCAUCAAGCAUUUAGCUGAAGACAAGUGAUGUGCUAAGAUCUGAGGGCACGGUAUGGGCUUAUUUUCUGUGAUUGUGUAUAGACAUCUUUUCUCCAGGGUUCUUGCAAGUUAGUGGCCUUGGCGUUCACAUACAGGUACGCUAUAGACCUUGGGUUUUCAGGGAUACUGUCUGUUGUGCUGAUCUGCAUUCAUUUAUUCAUUCAUUUAUUCAGCAGAUCCUUGGGACAAGCCAGGCACUCUUGCCCGCCCCUCUAUUCCCCAUGUAGACAGAUAGUUUGACCUUUCUGGAGAAUGAGAACAUUUAACCUGCCACAUUUUACUCCUGGGAACCUGUAAUUAUAGUACAAACUACCGUCAUACGGCAUUUACCCACUUGGUGGGAGAUAGACAGCAACAAGGCUCAGUGCCCUAGUCACUAGACUCCCAGCCCAUAUCCAACUCGAAUAUCUGAGAUUUCUUUUUUCUGUUUUGUUAAUUAAUCUUCACCUGAGGAUAUUUUUUUUCAUUGAUUUUUAGAGAAAGAGGAAGGGACGGGGAGAGACAGAGAGAGAAAAAUAUUGAAAGAGACACAUUGAUUGAUUGCCUCCCGCACGUGCCCCAACCAGGGCCAGGGAUGGAACCUGCAACCAAGGUACAUGCCCUUGACUGGAAUCGAACUCAGGACACUUCAGUCCACAGGCUGAUGUGCUAACCACUUAGCAAUUGGUUAGGUCUGAGAUUUCUUUUUUGUCUUAAAUAACUCCUCACUUUACAAAGAGGAUGAAGCCUAAGCAUGGCCAGUGAAAUUAAUACUGAAUUAAGAGCAGGACUGGAGUCGACAGACAGUCCAGGCCCCCUGUCCUUGUCAACAACUCCCCACCCCCACCCCCCACCUCCGCAGUCUGGGUGAAGGCAGGAUCAGAGUGGAGUCUAGAGCAUCUAAAACUGCACUUCAGGGUAGCACACACUCUAUCUGGUCAUUGUUUUGCGUUUAUGUUCUGGUGUUUAGGUUGUAAGAGGAUUUGACGGGGUUUAUUCGGAAGGGUGAGUGAGUGAGUCUGGGUUUUUCUUGAGCGCCUCUAUUGUUCAUUUCUGAAAACAAGUGAGCCCCUUCUACCUGCCUUCACUUAGUUUUGUCUGUGAAAACUGAUUUUUUUAAAAAAAUUCUCUAUCACAAACGAUCUUGCCAUGACAACCUCCAGGAAAAGCCACUGGUUCCUCUCCGUUUUUUUCUAUUGUUUUUGAUCAGUAUUGCAAAGCCCUGGCAACUGAACCACACACAGGAGUGGCUGUCCUGAGGGAGGUUCUACCGAGGGGCGCCUGGGCCUCCUCUCUACCUCUACCCAGCGCCCUGGGGGCGGGAGGAUUCCGCAGCAGGAGGCACGUCUCUGCUCAGCGCUGAAGGCCACAGAAGCCACCGAUUUCAUGAGCCAGGGAUUUGUUUCCAUUCCCUGUGUGAAACCCGAUCAAUGACUAGGUUAGUGGAUGGGUGCAGAAAGCUCUUGUUUCCCCAAGUCCUUUCUGAGAAACACAAGCCAUAAAAUUCAAAGGAGUCAAAGACCUCUGCUUGGUUCAGUGAUUCUGCUUCCAGCUGUGAGAGGCCUUGACACGGAGCAGAGCGUCUGCACAGGAUCCCGCAGACCUGCUGGUUACUGUGCCGGCAGGGGGCGCACUUUGCAAAUGCUACGUGGAGUGCAGAUGGCGGCGUGCUUACUUGGCCAGCACCCCAACGUACUCCCCUGGUCCUUCCCACCCCACGGGACACACUGCCUUCUCUUUUUCCAGGUUUAUUGAGGUAUUUGAUAUACAGUACGGGGGUUUAUUGACAUACAGUAAAAUUCACCCUUUUGAAGUA